AUGUGGAUCUUCACAGCCCCAGUCAGAGGAGUGUACCACUUCCAUGUUCAUAUUUAUGGAUGGUAUUCAAUAGUUUCUCUGGUGAAGAAUGGAUCUAAGAUGGUCACAGCUUACGAGUACGACUCUUCAGGUGAAGGCUCCACGUCCAACUCUGUGUCUGUGCUGCUGGAGGCGGGAAAUGUGGUUUAUGUGGUUCUCUGGGCCGCCAGUCAGAUUUACACCACCACUGAUCACUACAACACGUUCAGUGGUCACCUGCUGUUCACCGUCUGA